AUGAUUCGGGGGGGUACAACGCUUGGAGUUUCUGAAUUCCUGAAUUUCAGAACUUUGGAAUUUCAGUAUUUCGGAACCUGA